UCUAAACAAACCACUUUGCUUCCAGCUGGCAACGCUGGAAAAUCAGCUGUGCGAUUUGUUGACGUUUAACUUUUUGGCAUUUUUAAGCAAAAAAUGGACCUGAUAUUACUAAUAGGAAUUGCAACUGCGUUGCUAAUUAUCCUGCUGACGCUAUAUUUCCUGCAGAAAAGGAAUGCACCAGCAGAAACAAAGGCAGCUGCGCAACCACAACGUGGCGUCCCACUGCGCGCUCAGGAAGGUGUUCCCAGACGGGCCCAGAUAGCGCGGAAUCAGCGCAAUCGCUUGCGAGCGAAUCAAAAUGCUCCAGAUGCUGUAGCUCCUGUGGCAGCGGCACCUGCCGCAGCCAUUGAUCCCGAUGGCGACGAAGAUGGUGACGAAAAUGGACCGCGUGUGCCGCAGGGUGCUGUGCUAGACGAGAAGAUGGGCGCAAAAAAACGAGCCAAAAUGGAGGCUAAAGAGCAGAAGCGUUUGCAGCGGGAGCAAGAGCUCCACGAUCGCGAACAGCGCAAGGUGAAAGAGGCCAAAGAGGAGGCGGAGCGCAAGCAGCAGGACGACCUUGACGCGGAAGUGGAGCGCAAGAGAGUCGAGGCCGAGCGCGUGGUCAAGGAAUUGCACGAGCGCAAAGAGCACGAGAUGUAUCUGAAAAUGAAGGCAACCUUCAGCGUUGAGGAGGAGGGUUUCGAGGAAGACGAUGCCGAUGACAAGGAAGCUGAUUUCAUACAGUACAUCAAGGACAACAAAGUUGUUCUGCUGGAGGAUUUGGCCACAACAUUCAAACUGAAAACGCAACAGGCCAUUGAACGAAUCCAGGAGCUGCAGGCAGAAGACACCAUAACCGGCGUCAUCGACGAUCGUGGCAAAUUCAUCUACGUUUCCGAGGCGGAACUGGCCGCUGUGGCCAAGUUUAUAAAGCAACGUGGUCGUGUCUCCAUUGCUGACUUGGCGGAAAGUAGCAAUAACUUGAUCAAUCUGACGCCUGUGACAGCCAGCGAAGGUGGCGCCUAAAAAGAUUUGUUAGUCAUUUGUAAUUUACCUACUUACCUAUACAUAUACAUAGUCGAAGGGUGUUAAUAUAGCAAUAUAUACUUAUAGUAUAUCGGUCAAAUCGAAAA